AUGUUGGAUGAAUACUAUGAGUAUUUAAACAAUGCGUCAAUACUGUUGGUGGGAGCCGGGGGUAUAGGCUGCGAAGUUAUAAAAAAUUUGAUGCUGAACGGCGUGAAGAAACUCACAAUAGUAGAUAUGGAUACAAUUGAUGUGUCAAACUUGAACAGACAAUUUCUUUACCUUCCAGAACACGUCAACAAAUACAAAGCUGAAGUCGCACGGAUGAGAGCACUUGAAAUUAACCCUAAAAGCGAAGUUAAAUCAUUAGUUUGUGACGUUAAUUCCUGGGAACCUAACGACUUACUCCAAUAUGAUGUUGUGCUUAACGCUUUAGAUAAUAUUAAAGCUAGAUCUCACAUCAAUUACUGCUGCAUACAGUCAGGAGUGCCUCUGAUUGAAUCUGGAAGUACAGGGUACAACGGCCAAGUAUAUCCCAUCGUGAAAGAUAUGACGAAAUGUUACGAGUGUGAUCCCCUGCCAAAAACAAGCUCAAUACCAGUGUGCUCAAUUCGACAAAUCCCAGAAAAACCAACCCACUGCAUAGCAUGGGCUAGGAUGCUUUACCAGCUUUUGUUUGGGACACCAGACAACAAUAACCUCCUUACUGAUCUCUCAGUUCCAACCUUGCCUGACUUGAACAACCUGGACGAGCCAGUUGUUGUUGAUUACUUGAACAGAAUUUUUGAUUUUUUGUUCAAUUCAGAAGUUAAAUCUCUACUCAAAAUGGAAGAAGUCUGGAUCAAUAGGGAUCCGCCAAAGCCUCUUGAACACCAAUUUACCCUCAAACGCAAGGCAAACCAAAUUGAAAAAACUUCUGAAGAUGAAACUCUCAAAGAUCUCGAAAAAGAACCCCCAAACUCAAAAAGGAAUAAAUUUGUGGUAUUGGAAUUGGAAGAAUUGUACGAACAGUUCUCUACCAGUGUUAAGGAAAUAUUAUUAAAUAACAGUGAUAUGGUCGGAUCAUUGAUAUUCUCAAAGAAUGAUGAGGUUUGCGUCGAUUUCGUUUCCUCGGCAGCUAACUUGAGAAUGAUUAACUUCGGCAUUAAGCCCUUGAGCACUUGGGAUGUUCAGUCGAUUGCAGGGUCAAUUGUGCCCGCAAUAGCAUCCACUAACGCCAUUGUCGCCUCAUUUCAAGUUGUACAGCUACUCCACCUUCUCAAAUUUCUGAAAUCAAAUGAUAAGUCCUUGGACACCUAUUGCAGGAAAGUUUGGAUAAAAUCUAGUGUAAUGGGAUCAAACCCCUUAGUUAAGGGUAAACUAUCGCAGCCUGAGUUGUUAGAACCGCCUAACCCAAAGUGUACAACAUGCCAACAGAAGUCUUUUAAGGUUAAGAUAAAGUCUUUAGAUCUGACUCUUCAUGACCUUGUCCAGUCUGUCUUAUCAAAGUCGAUGGGACUUGCAAUGGUCAGCCUUGACUUUAACCUCAAAAACAUUUAUGACGGAGAAGAGUUCGAGGAGGAUCCUGAAUACUCAAAGGCUGUAAGGAAGAACAGUUUGAAGUUUUAUGGUCUUUCCGACAACUCUAUUCUAACUGUCACGGAUUUGAAUGGAGAUUCACAAUUUGAACUAGUUCUUCAACUGGACGAUGGUCUAAAAUCUAAUUUUUUAUUACUCUACUAUUCCAUUUUCAAAUUCUACCACUAA